CGGGUACUUUUGGUAUACUUGCCACCUGGAACUGGGGAACGUGAGUCCCUGGGAAGAUGGCGUACGCAGAUCGGUCUCCAGCGGACAAGGACAGGUUCAUUUGCAUUUAUCCUGCAUAUUUAAAUAACAAGAAGACGAUUGCAGAGGGAAGACGGAUUCCAAUUGACAAAGCUGUUGAAAACCCUACAGCUACAGAAAUCCAAGAUGUGUGUCUGGCAGUUGGACUUAAUGUACAUAUUGAGAAAAAUAAAAUGUACUCCAGAGAGUGGAAUCGUGAUCUUCAAUAUAGGGGCAGAGUACGGGUCCAACUAAAGCAAGAAGAUGGCAGCCUAUGCCUUGUACAGUUCCCAUCACGAAAGUCAGUAAUGUUGUACGCAGCUGAAAUGAUUCCUAAGCUAAAAACAAGGACACAAAAAACAGGAGGUGGUGAUCAAAGUCUUCAACAAGGAGAGGGAGGUAAAAAAGGAAAAGGGAAGAAGAAGAAGUGAUCCAUUGAGUCAUAUGAUUGCUGAAUAUGUCAGUCCUACAAAAGAAAAGGAUGAUUUGCUCCUGAAGUGAGUGAUUUUGAAAAGGGAAAC